AUGAAAAAUAGGAUUUUGAACAGAGGUGCUCUUAUUGUUAUAGAAGGACCAGAUAAUGCAGGGAAAACAACUCAAUGUGAGCUUCUAGCAAAUGAAUUUCUUAUUAAAAAUCUGCCAGUAAAAAUUCAGAAAUUUCCAGAUAGGAGCACAGAAAUUGGAAAAAUCAUAAAUUCAUAUCUUUCAGGAGAUCUUGAACUUGAGGACCAUGCAAUUCAUCUUUUGUUCAGUGCAAAUCGGUGGGAAAUCAGUGAAAAAGUACGCAAGAAUCUUGAAGAAGGGACUUUUGUAAUUGCAGAUCGCUAUAUAUACUCGGGAAUUGCAUUUUCUGUAGCAAAGGGACUUGAUAUAGAGUGGUGUAAAGCACCAGAAAGAGGAUUGCCGCUUCCAGACUGUGUGAUCUACUUAGAUGUGGAUCAAGAAAAGACUUCUCAGCGACAAAACUAUGGAACAGAACGCUAUGAAACUAAAGUAAUGCAAGAAAAUGUUCGAUCUAUAUUUAAAGAUAUUUCUGAAGCAAAUAAUAAUGUAUGUUGUCCAUGGUAUUGGAUAAACGCUUCAAAUUCUGUUUUACAAGUAAAAACCGAAAUAUGGAAUGCUGUACAUGAAAUUAUAAACAAUAAUAUGAACAAAAUUCACGAAUUCUAUUAA